AUGGCCAGGGUUGAGGAUCUGCUUGCAUCAUGUUCGGAGGUCAAGUCACAUGCCCUGCUUACAGUCGGGAUAUUUGCGGAACUACACAAGGAUAGAAUGCAGGAGAUUGUCAAGAAGGGGAUUUAUGAGUGCACUGCAGCUAUUACAGAUCUGAAGCUGGAUCGUGAUGCGCCUCCGUUGGUGAAGCGAGACUUCAAGCUGAACAGGAAGCUGAGAAACUGGCGGCUGAAGACGAAGAUGGCGGAGAAGGAGGUCAGAACUACCAAGGGCUUGCUCCAGAAGAUGAUAACGCAGGUUGAGGAGGAGCAGCAGCUGCAAUCCUUCCAAUACGACGGCGAGUUUGCCACGAGCACGCGGAGAUUUAAGCAACGGUUUACGGAGAUUCAGAUUGAGUUGGACGCCCUGAUGGCUAGGUGCCGGAUGAUGUUUGACGACAUGACUUAUUCCGAGGAGCUGUUUAUGAAUGAGCUCCUCAGUGAUGAUGCCGAGCGAGCAAGGGACCAAGCAAAUAUGAGUACGGUCAUAGCCUUUGUUGCUAUGCUGUAUCUUCCAAUAACAGCUGUGGCGACAAUUUUCGCUAUGCCGGUUUUCGAUUUCUAA